AUGCUUUUGAUCGAUACAGAUAAGGAGAAUUUUCCGUCAGCGAUCAGGCACUUGCCUCCUGAAGAUGGUCUUGACUCCAACUGUGAGAUCCUGAUGGGCGGACUUGAGGAGGAGAUGAAGCUGUGGAAUGAGGAGGAGAUAACGGCCACUGCUCACCAAUGGACUGGUUGUGACAAGUCGCCAGGGAAUGCAGGAGCUCACGUCUCGGGUUUCAGUCAGGGCCGCAUGCCAACAGAGGAUAAUGGAGGAGAGAAGGAACGGAAAGAUGGGACAGCAGAAGUUGAGGAGGCUCAGGAUUGCAUCGAUGUCAGCGCACUCGUCUCAGAGGCGGACGCUGUGGAGAGAGAGAUGAUGGAAGAGACGUCCUCGAGACAUCACCUCCCAGAGACGUGUCAUGAUGGUGGGAACGCUCCCUGCCCUGAUUGUGCUGUUCCUCGGGCCAGCCAUCACAGCGGGCUGAGCGGCUUGAUGGAGGAAGCCUGGGGUCAGGAGCUCAACAUGUGGAACGAAGAGCUCAAACUCAAAGACUGGAACUCAGAGGACGGGGGCUGA